GUAGUUGGCUGCCAGUGCCUAAGGCUGGUGAAAAGUAAACGGAGCUGCUUGGUUUGGAGAGGGAGAGAGUCUCUGCGAGCCAUAGGCAACACCAUGAGAAUCCGGAAUGUUUUAACUCUGUCUAACUGAAAUUAUAAAAUGCUUGAGCAAGACAAGAAGACCAAAGUUGCAGUGAAAACGGCAGAUGCCAAACUCAAAAGAAGUCCAGACAAAGAAUAUUCAGAUCUUAAGCGACUACUUAAUCUUUUGAAUGUACCAGCAAGCAAGCAACAGUUGCCAGCUUUAAAUAUUGACAAAGGCCAUGGAAUAGUAACUAAAUCACAACAACAGCGUUUUGUUCAAGGCAAACAAAAUGAUGGAAUUCGAUACGGGGAGCAACAGCAGCAGUCAACUGAAGCUGUGGAACUUGAAGCUUUUAGGUAUUGAACACAAGAACAUAAGAACCAUCCUUUGCUAAGCUCAAGAAGAAACAAGAGAGUUUCUUGUCAACAAAUGGGAGUCAAGGUUAUUACAACUACAACAAGGGAAUAUUGUGGAUUGGUGGGUUAGAUGGCUAAUUUGCUUCUCCAGCCUGAGACAGCUGCCAUCUCAACUCCUUUCUGACCUCCACCACUUCAUGGGCAUUUAGGGACAGAUGACAAAUGUUGUCCAACCAGCAACACCCAGAUCCAGUGAAAAUAUAGUUUCCCACCUGCUGGUAUAACCAAGGCAAGCCUAUGAUUUAUGGUGUUGAUGGCUUUGCUAUAUUAUUCUUGGGUUCCUAAAAUUACACAGUAUUUUAAGUAAGUCCUAAUCAAUGCCUUAUAUACAUUUGUGAAAUCUAGUAUAUUUUAUGACCUUUUUAUAGUAUAUGUGGUGAAGGCAUAUUUAUUUUGAAUUAUGUAUUUAAAUCUGUUCACCUACAACAUUCAACUACUUUUGAUUUAGUGUGACAUCCUAUUACUUGUUUCUCCUCCCAAAAAUAUGUUAAAUUAUAUUCGUAUUAAAUUACCUGCUCACUGGAA